GAGUAAAUAAUAAAAUAAAAAAUGGGACGAAUUGUUUAUGCUGAAGAGUGUCUAUUGAAUUAUUUGGAGAAAUUAAAAAAUCCAAAUGACUAUACAAUUGGUUUAAUUCUUGGACAGAGUACUGAACAAAAAGAUUAUGUUGUUCAUUUAGCAAGAACACCACCACCAGCAUCAAAAGAUGUUAUUGAAGAAUCCAAUGAACAACAUCAACAAAACUCACCAGCUGUUAAGCGUAUUAAAACACUUGGUGAUGUACCAAGUAGCUGGGUUGCUGAUCAUGCUAAACAUGUUACACGAAUGUUACCUGGUGGCAUGUGGGUACUUGGUAUAUUUAUUGCUGGACCAGUAGAUUGUCUAAAUGAAAAUAAUUCAAUGCAAAAAUUAAAGUCAAUAACAUCAGCAAUACAUAAAAAUCUUUCAGUUAAUCCAUAUUUAUAUGGUAAUAAUCCAAAUGAAAGUAUUAUUCUUGCAUUUAAUAAUUCAAAUAAAAAAUUUUCAUGCAAAUCAUUUGGUGAUAAUGCUUCAAUGAAAAAUGCUGAUUGGAAAUUUCAAUUAAAUAUAACAAAAUGGUAUCAACUUGAGACUAGAGUUGAUUUUGAUCAAUUAUUUCCCAUUGAAAAUAAUAAAAAAAUUGAAUCAUUAAAAAAACAACAUGAAAAUAUACUUGAUGAUAUAUAUAAAAAAAUUAAUUCAGCAAUAAUAGCUAUUGAAGAUUCACCAAAAUCACCAGAUGAACUUGUUCAACUUACAGGAAAUAAAAAAAAAAAAUUCUUGAAACAAACAAAAAAUGAUGAAUCAAAUUUAAAUGAUGUAUCACUACAAGCAGCCAUAUACAUUCCAUGUAGUUCCAAUAGCCAAUAUGAAAUUAAACAAAUAAAUUGCAAUGGUCAAAUACGUUUAAUUGGUCAACUUGUUAGUCGUACAUUUGUUCAUGAAUUAUCAAGAGUUGAAGAAGCAACAAAUGCCAUUAAACAAGAUAUCAUGAGAUCACUUGCAAGUCGACUUGAAAUGCACUGGGACAGUUUACUAGAAGAAGAAAAUUCACUACCAGAAGAUAAUGUAACACUUCAUGAGCCACCAAGAAGAGUUCUUGUUGCAUUACCACAUAGUAAAAUAACACUAUCUGAUUAUUUAUUUCCUGGUGAGGGACAUCAAGAGGCUCUUAUUUCACUGCAAGAACUUUUAGAUCUUAAAGUUGAAGAAAGCAGUGUUCAAAAGGAAUUUGAACUUCAAGUUGAUCCAUCUGAAUUUUAUUGUCAAAAUGAAUUGUCAAGUAAACCAAGUGAACAUGCUAAAUAUCAAGACAACAGUAUGUACAUUGUUUAUGGUACUGGUCUUGGUAUUGCAAUAUCUCUGCUUAUUCUUGCAAUAAUCAUACAAUAUUUUUAUUAAUUUAUUAAUAAUAUUAUUAUAUAUAUAUAUUAUUUUGUAUGUUUAAAUGAUAAAUAAAUUUAUAUUAUAAUGACGAAAU